GCUUGAGCUAAGACACAAAACACAAGAUGUUGAAAGAAAUUUUUGUCUUCUCAGCAGUUUGCUUUUUUCAGAUACACAUUUCUCAUCAAACUUCGAUUGCAAGGAACGAGCAAUUCAGAUCGGCUUUGUUUCUUCGUGUUUACACAAACACAAAAUUAUCAAUAGCCACACUUGUAGAGUAUGUACUGAUUAGUUUGAAAGAAUGUGGCCGUCGAUGCAUAUGGAAUGAUCUAUGCAAAGCCUUUAACUAUCAUUCUGGGGAUAAAGCCUGUCAUUUAUUGAGCAGUGAUAGAAACAGUGAGAAUGUAUUGACUAAUUUUCAAUCAGCAUCCAAUUGGAAUUACUAUGACACAGGAAUAGGUGGUCCUUCGAUUAAUUUGAUUGGUGAAAAAUGUGUUCGGGAAAAUCCUUGUUAUCCUUGCUCCUGUUUCGGAGAUGAAGAAAGUGUAAAAAAUUGUAGCUGUCGGCAUCCAAUACCGCAACAGCAGCCUGACAUCUAUAUACCUAUGAAAAAAAUUGAUGGAAAGAAUGCAAAUUUGUAUCAUCAAGGCUCAGACAGUUUAAAUCACGUGGUUGUUACUUCAUCAAGACGUAAAACAGUUGAAGAUCAGUUUGGAAAAGGAAAAGUCUUGAAAUUUACUUCAAACAUCACCUUUGGAGAUUUUAGAAAUACUAGCUUGCAUGUUCCCACUUCAAGCUUCACAUUGUCAUUUUGGUUUCGUCUGCUACCUGAGCCGGCAGAAACUGGAUGCACCUUGUUUUCUUCAACCUCUUCGUCAAAAACUGGAAUUCUCAUAAAAGUAGAAGGGGAUCGCAUAUCUGCUCUUGUUAAAAGUCUGACACAUCAGCAUCAACACUUCUUCACAUUUUCUCAAUACUGGUAUGUCUUUUGGACACACGUGGUUGUACGAUGGCGAGCUGAGCAAAACCAAUUGGAACUCUAUGUCAAUGGCUCAAAAGGAGAUACUGAUUAUUCUGAAGAGGGAACAUUCUCCGUUCCGUCAACAGCAACACUAAAUGGAAAUUGUCAUGGGAUAUAUAUGAGCGAUGUGGCGAUAUGGUGGAAGGCGAUACCAAUGGAACAAAUUUCCCUUCUUUACGAACAAGGUAAAACACCCCCAUAUAAAAACUUUGGUGUGAACCACCUUUCGUGUUUGCAGUUAAAAGAAGUUUCAACAAGUUUACUGGAUGGUUACUACUGGAUAAAUUUCACAGGAAUUCCAACCAAUGUACUAUGUGAUAUGACAACUGAUGGAGGUGGAUGGACAACAUAUUCAUGGGUUUACACUUACGACGGUGUUUAUAUCUCCCAAGAAUCAAUGAAUCCUGAUCUCACAAAAAUCGGUCAGAAGAAUUUUCUUCUUGAUCCUUUAUCAGUUCCGUUAUUGCAAGAAAAAACUGGCUUUACGCAACUUCGCUACAAAUGUUAUAAAGCAUACCACAAUUACAGGGUAGAUAUUGCUACGAAACCAGACGCUUCAGGAAAGGUGGUGGUCGACUACUUAUUAUCACGAACGGAUACCCGUCCAUUGGCCUGUGGUACAUUUACCGCUUUUGAGCACGACAAUUCACAGCUAUCUGCAAAUUGUGAUAAGUGGAGGGACGGGAAAUGGGGCCGCAGUGGCGAUGGCGCUAAUCGCAUUUAUUAUUACACGGUCUAUGUUCCGAAUGCUUAUCAUUUUCUUAUACCGCUCAAAAGUUCUUACUUAUACUAUUGCGACGAUAAAGGGGAAUCAAAAAUAGGAAGUUGGAAAUUUUACUUUAGAUAAUUACACACAUGAGGAAAAGAACAAAAGAUAAACAAACUUAUAUCAUACAUAACAUUUUAUGCACCAUGCAAGCACAAAUUAUUUUCGCACAUUGAAUGCCUUUGAAUUUUAAAAUGCAGAUAUGCUUUAUGUAACGGACAUCUUAUAUGGCAGAUAAACUAUCUACUAUAUAACAACCUCGUUUCCAGGACUUGUUAAGCUUUUUAAUUUAGACAGCCUGAUCUAACAA